GGGACGAAGAAGAAGUAAAACGAUUCUGUAGCCUAGCCCGAAUGUGGCUUGAAAAAUGUGACAACAGUGGGGAAAAUUGCUUCUCGGAAACACUGUCUUCUUUAACUUCUAUUUACUGCGAACCAUGGCGGACUUUCAGUAUCUGUUGGACACGGAGAGCCCGGCCGAAAAGGACUGUUUGACUGUGCGUUGGUCUUGUUGUUAUUGUAGCUAGUGUUAGCGCUAACCCCGCUAGCUGAUCUGCUGUCUUCGCUCUCAGUUUGACCGACGUUGAUUCACUGCAGCGGGGCUGUGAAACCACAGCAACAAGGUAACUCCGGAGCAAGUUACAGGCUCAAACCACCCAUCCCAGAAAUGAGUUUUCAACACUUAUGUACUUACUAUGUAAUUAUCCACUGCCAGUAUUUUGGGCAAGGUUGCAUUAUACGGCUUGUUGGCAUUAAUUGACAAAUAAAACCAAACUGUCAUAACUCGAAGAAGACAACGUAAAUAAAAUGUAGUCACCGGCUAAAUUAAGCUUGAAAACCUCGAGAUGUUUGCAUUGUAAGCUCUAAGGUUAAGUAGAUGGCGCUUUAGCUGCCUACAUUCUCAAAAAUGGAGCAGCAGAUAGCAGCCAGUCGGCUGGCUCUGCGUCUUUGCAGCACAUCUGUCUGAGUUGUUCGCCUAUGAGAGAGAAAACAUGUCUUGCAAAGCCGCAACCAAGGACAAGAAGUCGAGCUUCAGUAAGAAGCUGUUCAGGAGAGGCUCUGUGCGCUCAGUGGGCAGUUUCAUGAGCAGAGUGCUCCGGACACUCACUGCGUUAUCCCACUUUGGAUCUGAAGUGCAAGCAGAGGAGGACAAAGAUGAUGGAGGCUUUUCCACGUUCAAAUCUGGGAGUAAAGAUGUCCCCAUGGAUGAUGGAGACCUGGGGGGUUUCCUGUCUGGAGAGAGGAUCCCCGGAGUGUCAGGUCUGAAAAACCACGGUAAUACCUGCUUCAUGAAUGCCAUCCUGCAGUGCCUCAGUAACACCGAACUCUUCGCUGAGUACCUCGUCUUGGAGCACUACAAAGAUGAGGAGCUGGAUGAGGACAAACCAAAGACCAAUGGAGUACUCCUCCAGAAGAAGGGUCCUCUGGGUAAAGGAGAGGUUACUGAGCAACUAUCGGGACUUGUGAGGGCUUUAUGGACAUUUGAAUACACCCCCCAGCACAGCAGAGAUUUUAAGGUAAAUUAAUCACUUGCAUUGAUCAUGGUGUAAUGCAGUGGUUCACGAGUCCAGUCCUCGAGGCCCACUGUCCUGCAUGUUUUGGAUGUUCCCCUGCUCCAACACACCUGAUUCAAAUAAUCAGCUCGUUAUCAAGCUCUGUAAUGGCUUAAUAACGAGCUGAUCAUUUGAAUCAGGUGUGUUGCAGGAGGGAAACAUCCAAAACAUGCAGGACAGUGGGCUUCGAGGACUGGACGUGAUAACCACUGCUGUAUUUUAUAGGAUAAGAUAUGUUACAAACAAAUGGCUUUGAAGAAUUACGUAUCGCUGACUCAAAGGGAUAUUCCAACGUAAAAUUAAUUUAGGGUCAAAAACACCAUAACACCAAGUUAAACUCUCCGUUGAGAGAUGAAUGUUGCUGACUGCCUGCUUCUCUAGUAAUGCCAACUUUAAUAACGGUUUGAGGAGCCAUAAACAAACCUCAACCUAAACCACUCUAUAGCAACAAAUAAUGCUCAGAAGAAAAGCACCUAACUUCAUCAACAGUACAUAUAGGGUCCCAGCCACCAAACAUCUUUUUAACUUUGCCUGAUUUCUUUCCCAAAGAGAGUAAACACAACUCACUCACUCUCUUCCAGCAGCCGUUUGUUUGUAGCGAGACCUCAGGCCAGUCCAUUACGGACUGCUGCGGGGUGACGCAGCUCAAGGAAGAACAUCAUUACAUCAUUACUUAAUGGAAAUGCAAUCAGACCGAGACGCUAAGGCAGAAGAACUACCGCAUCUGCAGUGCAAAAUGAUUAAUAUGGUGAUUAUUACUUCAAGGAAAUGAUAAAGUAAUGAUCAUUAAUGUUCUUCCUUGAGCUGCAUCACCCCGCAGCAGUCCAUAAUUGACUGGCCUGAGGCCUUGCUACAAACAAGCGGCUGCUGGAAGAGAGUGGGUGAGCUGUGUUUAGUCUCUUUGGGAAAGAAAUUAGCCAAAGCUAAAAAGAUGUUUGGUGGUUAGUACUAUGGCUGGGACCCUGUAUGUCCUGUUGAUGAAGUUAGGUGCUGCUCUGAGCAUUAUUUGUGGCUAUAGAUUGGCGUUUUGGUUGAGGUUAGUUUAUCGCUCCUCAGACCGCUGUGCACUGCUAUGGUGCGGUCGUUUCUAAAGCUGGUAUAACUAGAGAAGCAAGUGAUCGGGGGUGUCUAACUUGGUGUUGCAGUGUGUUGCAGUGACCCUAAAUCAAUUUUACGACGAAAUAUCUCUUCAAGUAUGAACAGUUCUUGGUGUAUUCUAUCUUUUGUGUGUUGUAAUCUUCUUGCAUGCUCUCUCUGCAGAAUGCAGUGUCAAAAAACGCCACUCAAUUCAAAGGGCAUUCUCAACAUGAUGCUCAAGAGUUUCUGCUGUGGCUGCUGGACAGAGUGCAUGAGGACCUCAACUCAGUUAACCCCAGCUGCAGGCCCCCUAUAAAGGUGAAUCCAGAGGGUUUGUGUUGUGUCAGAGCUGCAGUUUUAGCAUUUUAAAGAAGCCCUAAACGUAAAGUGUUGGCUGUUUGUUACAUGGCGUUGUUAUUCUCAUGUGUUACACACUUCUGUCUAUCUUAUCAUUUGGCUACAUCCACAUUCACAGCCACACACCAGGCUUGUCUGGUCUUGUUUUUCCACACCAGUUGAUGACAAUAAAUGACAUGAGGGUUAAUAUAAUACCCUGAUGGACUGGAGCUUUUUUUUUACCGGAUUAUGUAAACUAAUCAAACCUGUUUUGUUUGCUUAGCCACCUAUUGAAGAGGAUGACCAAAGCUUAGAGGGCCCUUCUCCUCCCCUCUCUGCUGGUUCGUUUGUCCAAGAGCUGUUUCAGGCGCAGUACAGGUACAGUCUCGUUCUGGUUCAAGUAUUUUGUUUUUCCAGUUUGGCCUCAUUAUCUUCGCUGUAUGAAGAAAAUAUAUUUCCCCCCGCAGGUCCUCUCUCACCUGCCCGCACUGCCAAAAGCAGAGCAAUACAUUUGAUCCUUUCCUCUGCAUUUCCUUACCCAUCCCAUUGCCACACACACGGUAAGUGCUCGCUAUACAGGUUUUCAUGCACCUUCAGGACUCAACUAUAAUUUCAGGCUUAGAAGAUGUAAAAAUACUCCAUUCAAAUCUCAUUUAAGUUUGACUUCAUGUGUUUGACUGACAAGUUUAUAAGAACCUGAAGCAAAUGUCACAGAAGAAGGAAUGCAGUCUGGUGUGUUAGGAGUGAGGGGGAUGGUUGGGGUGCAGAAGAGAGAGCCGAACAAGGGUGGGAGGAUCUGCAAUUUUGACAUUUUUAAGAAAAUGGAACAUCAGUUUUGUUUUGUCUUUAGUCAAGAAAAGACUCCAGAUUUCAGGGGAAUAUAAAGAGGAGUAAAAAGAAAUAAACGUGUAAUCCCAGCUUGCAUAUUAAAGUAUGUUUUUUUAAUUUGUGUCUUUUUGUGCCAGACCCCUGUAUGUGACGGUGGUCUACCAGGGAAAGUACUCUCACUGUAUGAGGAUCGGAGUGGCUGUUCCUCUCAACAGCACCGUCUAUCGUCUCAGAGAUGCUGUGUCACGUGAGACCAAGAUCCCAAUGGACCAGGUGCUAUUCCUGUCCCUUAUCAGUUCAGGGUCUGACACAGUGAGGAUAUGUUACAGUGGCACAAAGCUGGAGCUAAUUGUUCCUAAAGCAAUGAACCUGGUUUUAUUUAUCUAGGAAGUCUUUUUUUGAUCUGAACUUUGAGAGGAUUGACGUUAUAAAAGCGUUAAAAACAAGUAUUAACACAUUUCUUUUUCCCUCUUUUAGUUUGUUUUGACUGAAAUGUACUACGACGGUUUUCAUCGCUCGUUUUGCGACGAUGACGAUGAUCUGGACAUCAUUCAAGAGAGUGAUUCCAUAUUUGCCUUUGAGACACCAGAGACCUUCAAACUGGAAAACAUACGCACAAAAAGAGGUACGCCUUUUUUUCCCCUCAUGAGCUAUUUCUAUAUCAGUUCACAGAAUAAAGAUAUAUGAUGACUUGUUUUCUGUCUUUCACAGGCAGUCUUCUGGCAAACUUGAAUCACAAUAACUUUAAGUAUGGGACAGAAAUCAGCAGGACUCCAUCUUUCAUGCAGGGGGCCAUGACUCCUUUAACUGCAUCCCCCAAUAAAAACCUGGGGCCAGAAAAAAUUAUCCUUCUGGUUUGUAACCGAGCUUGUACUGGCCACCAGGGGAAGAGGUAUUACAAUCACGUUAGCUGAUUUUCUGUAAUCCCAGGCUGUUGUUUGUACUUUUUAAAAAAAAAUCUAUAUUCCUAUUUUCUCAGAUUUGGGUUGCCUUUCGUACUGUACAUGGAGCGCACUGUGACCUGGGAUGCUCUGCAGAAAGAGAUCCUGGAGAAAAUGCGUCAUCUUCUCAGGCCUGGUGUCUACAUUCAGGUGUGGAGCGGGUGACACACUUUUGAAAUUCGAGUCGUUCAGUUCCUAACAGCUGUCCCUGAUGUUUUUGGAGACAGUGUCAGAGUGCUGAUCAUUAAAAGCGGUGUCUCUGUUCAGGUUGGACCUUUCAGUCUUCGGGUGGUUGGCGUUGUUGGUAUCACCUACCUCCUUCCUCAAGAUGAGCGACCACUGUGUCACCCCACUGUGGACAGGUCGGUUCUGUGUGCUGUGUAUUAAGAGCAGAUUUUUAAAGACCCACUUUUAAAGAAAUGUUCAGUAGAGGAUAUGCUAUCACAAAUCUGGUGUGACUCCUCACACAGCUGUCCAUGUUGAAAAAGGUGGAAAACAGUAAAUAAUACUUAAAAAUGUUACACAUUCUUUUCUUUAACUUCUGAUUAAACUCCUUUUAUAUUAAUUCAAAAUAAAAUGUUUUGAAAGAUACAGACGUGCAUUUUGGAAUUAGGGUGAGGUCAAAAUUACACGUUUUAUCCCUUUAAUCUUUACUUUACAUACACGCCUCCUCAGCUGUGUUCCUCUCACAGGCUUCCUGGGGCGACAUGCCCGAACACGUUAGUGACUGUUUGUGAAAAUGCCAGUUCAGCAUGUUCGUCCAAUCACCUAGAGGAGUUCGCAACAGUGGAACAAGUCACAGUGUAGUUUUCUAAAACUGGUUCUGUUUAUACUGGAUUAAGUUCUCCUAAAAGAGCUUGAAUAUAUUUAGUGUAUUACUGAUGUCUUACAGCUGAAAUAUGUUUGUCAUUUAAUCUCUUUAAAUGAUUUAUUUUGGAUGGUUUUACUGCAUCAGCUAAUUCUCUGACGCCAGAUUCUUCACACUGUCUCAUUUUUAGUCUCCGUAUUAUCACAAAUAAAUAAUUUUGUAUAUAACUCUAUGAAAUUCUAUUUGUGAUUGACUUAAUUUUUUAUUGUUUCUCUGUAGAGCAUACAAGUCCUGUGGGCAAGGGGGGCCCCCACAUGUGAAGAUAGUGGUGGAGUGGGACAAAGAGACCAAGGACUAGUGAGUAAAAGACGUCAUUGACUUUGUUUGUUUGUUGUGCUGGGUUUUUAUGUUUGGAAACAUUUCGAGAAGAUGAGUGAUUGGUCAUUUCUAAGUCUGUCUGUUUGUGUCUCUGCAUAGAGAGUUGUGAUCACACGCCUUCUUUUAAAUUUGUACCAUAUUUUGGAGGAAAUUAAGAGGCUCAAAUCUUUGCACAAACUUACAGAAAGGUGCUUCAUUUUAGGCAACAUCUUGCUCGGUCUGUGUGUUUGUGUGUGUGUCCUUGUGCUCUGCCCUCCAUCACACCUGCAGCUUCUUUGUUAAGUCUCUCCAUCUCUUAAAGAUUUAGAGAUUAUUUUAUAUUUGCUCCAGAUGUGGAUAGGGUUGGGUAUUGUUUGAUUUUGAACAAUUCUGGUUUUGAUUCAGAUUCCUCGUUUCGAUUCCGAUUCCUAUUGAUUCUCUAUUUCGAUUCUUUAAAAAGGCAAGAUAUUAAAAAAAUGCAUGGUUUACAUGAGGGUGUAUUGAGUUCUUCUUUUUGGAUGAAAUUUCUGAACUUCUCCAUGAAUUUUUAAUUAUGUUAACUUUUUAAGAUCUUUACUAUGACCAAUAUAUAAAUAUCAAUUUUUGUUGUCAGGUCGUUCGUCUAUGAAAAAGUACAAGGGCUAACGUUAGUUGGAUAUUUAAGUUGACCCACCGUACACAGUACAAUUUGUUUGCCGCUUCAGUGUUAGCAGAAGACAGAAGAAAUGUGUUGUCUCACUUAUCUGGCCUCCUUCGCCUCUGAUUGGCUAUAAGUGCUGACAGUUUGGCUUGAGGGUGUGAUGAACAGUCUUCCCCGGGAUGCGUCCCCCCCCCCCCCGCGGAAAGUCGCAAAAUCGCAUCGGGCUUGAUGUGUAUAGUUCGGCGCAUCAAAAUUCUCCUCCGAAUUUUUCUAAAUUAUGCGUUCUAUAUUUGCGUCAGCCCCGGGGUGUAAGGACCUUAAGUUUGAAUCUUCUGAUAUGAAUGUUUUGUACAUUUUUGUGCAGCUGUCUUCAUUCCGUUUCCAUUUGUGGAAAAAGCCUUGUCCACAUGCUGGUCACCUUUUAUGAUGCAAGAUUAUUAAAUGAAGCAAGUUUUGAUGUUUGGGCAUCUUAACAAGAUCUUUUAGAUGGAGGGUCUUGUCAAAAAGGUGGAAAUGGUAGGGAGUAAAGAAGGGACACGCUGUUGUGUGUCAUAUGAGGAAAGCUAAAAGUGUGGUGUGUGUUUGUGUGAAAAAGAGGGGUGUGGAUACAGAUUUGAAAUAAAGACGUGUGUUUACAUUUAUCAGAAACCAUAAUAGAGAAUGACAUCGUAUAAAUAAGAUAAUGUACUCACUACUGUGGAAAACACUGAUUAUUUGGAUCAGUAUAUUUGUAUUUAUUGAAAAAAAAAAAAUACAGGCAUGGAUCGCUCUGUGUUUCGUCAGGUAAUCCUGAGCACAUAAUGUUCGUCACUCUUCAAGAUCACUCUGUACCUGAUUUUCUUGUUUUCUAUCUGCUUUGUCGCAGUUGUUUUGUUUUUUCUGUACUCUCUGUGUCGGUUGUCAGGCUGCCGGAUCACGCGAUGCCAUAAAGGAGUUAUGAGUGAAACUUUUUGAACACGAUUUGUGUUUUUUAGGCGACUCUCUAAAAUAAACUGCUGAUGAAUAUUGUCAGUAGAGCAGAUAAACACUGUGAGAGAGAUGCAGGCUGGAGGGAAUUAGCUGCAGUUUUGUGCUAUUUGUGUAUAAAAGAGCUAUAAAUACACAUGUGACGUAAGAUAAAUGAGUGUGUUCUUGAAAUACUAAUAAACUACCACAUACUCUUUACAGUAUUUAAGGGCAGAGGUCGAUCAUUAUCAUCAUUCAUGCUUCUUUAAUCACUAGAAGGCCAAGUCAUGACUGUUAAAGUGCAGAGGGGUCAGAUUUAAACUCUGUUUUGUGAGGCAGCAGUUCAGUGAACUGAUGACGGCUGCAUUGUGGAUGAUUUUGUUUGCAAAGCUGCUCUGGGCAGUUUUCAGGGUCUACUUCUACGGGAUCAACACGGUCUGGUCUGACUAUCAGUUGAAUCGGUCUUAUGAUCCUCACUUGACCACUACCGUUGCAUGACUGAGCACCUUCUGCCUCAUGUUCCCACAGUCUGUUUGGACACACCGAGGAGGAGUACAUUCCUGAUGCUGAGAGCGUGUAUCUGCACAGGGAACAACAUCAUCAGCCGCAGGCCUGCACUCUCGCUCAGUGCUUCCAUCUCUACACCAAGGAGGAGCAGGUAACAUUCGAGACUCAUAUUCAGACACUCUCUCUCUCUCUCUCUGCGGGCCGUCACUCUGUCAGGAGUCUGACAUUAAAAAACAAACCCAAGCUUCGCCUCAGCACAUAGCAAGGGCCAGUAUAUUUUAAAGUGGAACCUCGAAUUUGUCUCCACCCUGCUGGUUUAUUAUUCUUCUGCUCAAGUUUAAAAAGCUUUUCUCUCUGCGUGUUUCACUCUUGAGUUUCCCUCUUAAAGCUAUGUUUGGAAAAGAGCUCGAAAUUCUCAGCACGGUCCCACAUAUACACUGUGGUUUGACUGGGAUUGCUCCGGAGUAGAGCAGAGAGAAGCGAGAGGAAAGUUCAGGGCCUCUUCCUGUGCGAGGCCUCUUUUAUAAGCGCUGUGGUUGCAGCUCGUCCUUGAUGGCUGUGUGUGCAUGUAUGUGUGUUUCAGCUGGCCCCAGACGAUGCCUGGCGCUGUCCCCACUGCAAGCAGCUGCAGCAGGGUCGCAUCAAGCUCAGCCUGUGGACGCUGCCGGAUGUGCUCAUACUGCAUCUCAAGAGGUUCAGACAGGUACUUCAGCACUGCCACCUCCUCCUCCUGAAACUCACACUGCGUUGACACCAGUAUCUAAACAAACAAUGAAAAACACUGCCUCUGGGUGUUUGCUAGGAGACUAAAUUUAGUAGUAUGAAGCAGGGUUGGCUUUGCAAAUCCGGAAAGCCCUAAAAAGAACUGUCUGAAACAGUUGAGUCCCUGCUGAUUAGAGCAGAUGUGUACUAUUCAAGAACCUUGAAAGAACUGAAGUGGAGUUAAUGAUACCCACUUAGCUUUUGGCCGUUUGUCUUGAUUUAAUGUAACAAAGAGAAGUCACAUGAAGCAGGCUACCACCCCAGUAAGUUUGAGUCUCUGUGGGAAGGUUUUCAUAGGGGUGAAAUUUCCAGCAUGUGACCGCUCACAAGCAUGAAGACGUCUGGAGAUCAGGCAGGAGAUCAUCAUAUUUAAAAAAACUCUGCCCAAACUUACAGAAUUAGAAACAUGUGAAGUUUACAGCAGACCAAGCAUUUCAAAGUAGUAUUGAGUAGAGAUGCACCAAUCCAUUUUUUUCUGAUCCAAUCCAAUACUACUGUUGAAUGAAUGAACUGUAUACCUUGCCCUACGAGUGAAGGCAUCAAGCUUGACAUAAGCCUUGUUAAAAAAAGGUAACAAAUUAACAAAGAUAUGUAUUUACUUUAUAUUAUUUAUUAAAAAAUAACAAAUUGCACAUUAGCACACAGCAAAAAGACUUCCAUGCAUUAAAAGAAAAAUUAAUGAAAAGAAAAAAAAAGACUGGAUCGGUGUCAUUCAUCAGAUAUCCAAUCGGGUUAAUUUGUCAAUGUUGGAGCUGAUAUUCGAUCCAAAUACUGAAUUGGUGUAUCCCUAGUCUUGACUACCUUUACAUGCAGAUGUUUUUUUGAUCAUGAAGAGGUGGAGUUUUUAUGAUCAUUAAAAAAUUAAAUAGUUACAGCGACUGCUUCGACUAUCAACAAGCACAGAAAAAAAACCCCACUUCAAACUAACGCAGGAUGUCAGCUUCUGUUUUUCAGAAUCAGACUGGUUUAACGACUAAGUUAGUUUGCAUAGAAAACAGCCUGUUUCUCUACAAUGGAAGGCAUAGAAGCUUCUUUAAAUCAGUCAAACAGAGAUGCAGUAUUUUUCUGCUCUUCAUUUGUGGAGCCAUUAACCCUUAGUGUGCAAAUUCUGCCUCAUUUGGACAGAUGUAGUGCAUGAAAAAUCAUGUGUGAAUCAGGCCCAUGAUGUUAACAGCUUCAUAGUACAGGCUGUAGUUGGGUUCAAACUUGUAGUGGCGAUUGUUGUACCCCAUGAGGGCUGUCAAAAUUGCUCCAAAAUGACAUUCAAAUAUUCAUUCGAAAAAUAACACGUAGGUUUGAACAUAUCCGAAUAUCUAGUUUACACAGCUUGCAUAUAACUUUAUCUCACUCAUUUUUUCCGUCUACCAUGUCUGCUCAAAAUCCAAAGAAUUUCCAAAUGGAGCUUCUAAAGUUUGUUGGAGUCCAGACCACUCUCUCCGAGUUAGGCUCUGCCACGGACAGUUUUUGUCGCAUCUCACUCCAUGUGCAGCUCCUGUGACCUGUCCCUGACCUGUCAUUAUAGUGCACUCACUUGCAAAGCAGACGCUGUGCUUUUUUUGUUGUUGUUUUUUCCCCACUCAGUUUUUGCUCGCUGUUUAUUUAAUAUCCGAAUAUUAAUUUUCACAUUCAAAUCAAAUUUUUUUCUUAAAUAUUUUAAAGUAAAUUUGAAUUUAGAAUUCAUUGACAACCCUAUUUCCCACCAAGUGUAAAAGGCUGUUUGUUGGUAUCUAUGUACUGACCCUUCGUGUCAUGGGUUCUUCAGGAGGGAGACCGCAGAGUAAAGAUGCAGAACAUGGUGAGGUUCCCCCUCAUGGGCAUGGACAUGGCUCCUCACGUAGUCAAAAGGAGUCAGAGCAGCUGGAGUUUACCAUCUCAUUGGUCGCCAUGGAGACGGCCUUACGGCCUUGGGAGAAACCCUGACGACUACCUGUAUGACCUCUACGCGGUGUGCAAUCACCAUGGGAACAUGCACGGAGGCCAUUACACAGGUGAGGGUGAAAACAUUUGAUCUGGUUCGGAGUUUGUUUGAGUUUAUUUCUCUCCGUUUUGAUCCGUUCUUCUCUUCGCUUCACCCCCACAGCGUACUGCAAGAACUCCAUCGACGGUCAGUGGUACUGCUUUGACGACAGCGAGGUUGCACCGAUAGCUGAGGACGACGUGUGUCAGCAGACAGCCUACAUACUGUUUUACCAGCGGAGGACGGCCAUUCCCUCCUGGUCAGCCAACAGCUCAGUGGCCGGUCAGUAUUUUUCAGUGCGUCUGCCCAGAUUUGAUGAAUGAUUUAACACCACAGAUUCAACAGAAAGUUCUUUUCAAGGUUAAAAACGGGAGAGAAAUCAACAUGAGCUGGAGUGCAGCUUAUGGGCUGCAACCAUUAAUUUGUGGAUAUUUUAUUAAGCCUUAAAAAGAUGAAACUUUAGCCUCCUGAAAUAUCUAGUUUUGACCACGACCCAAAAGUUUUCGGUCAUUUUUCAGAAGAGUUUUUGCUCUAAAAGAUGAAUCAAUUUUAAAACCAAUUAACAAAACAUUUGUUCAUUAUUUGGUUGACACAAAAAUGAGUGCAGCUCUUAUGUAGUGCAAUAUGAAAUAGCAUCUGUGGUUAGACUGUGGUCAGGCUGUGUUUUGAAGCACGUUGAAAGACAUCAUCUUUAAUUAGAGUAAAGCCUAACGCUGGUUUCAAGCCAUUAUCAUUUUAAUUACGCGCACUCACCACCCCUGUCAGACUGUUUCUAAAAAGUGGUCUCCCUCUGUCAUUCUCCCCUUUUCACCUUAUUAUUAUAAUAAUAAAUGUUUACCCUCUCCCUCCCAGGAUCCACUAGUUCCUCCUUGUGUGACCACUGGAUCAACAGGUUGCCCGGCAGUAGGCCCGCCAGCUUGGCCUCUGGAGCCUCAUCCAGGCGCACCUCUCUGGCAUCGCUGGCUGAGUCAGUGGAGUUUCCAGCAGAGCGCAAUGAAGAUGAUGGUGAGACAGUUUUUAUCCAUGUGCCAGAAAUUAUUUGUCUUGUGUUUUUUUGUCAUUACACGUCAAAAAAAAGGAAGCGAACAAAUACAAGAAAAAGCAAAACUUCAUUGUGUUCUCACUUAUUCACUAUUUAUACUCGGCCUAUUUGGUCCAAGCUGUGCAGGGCAAGACCAGCCUUUUCAUGACACUUAUUAUUGAUAAAUGCAUGGAAACGCAUAUAUCAAUAAUAAGAGGUUUGGAUGUUAGCCAUUUCUUAUUGAUGAAGGUUCUGUUUUUAAUUUCAGUUUACUCUGGAUUAUUUUUGAUGCUGUGUUUUUUAGCUUAGUUAAUUUUUUUUAUGUCUAAUUCUUAAUUUUUGUUGAGUUUUUAUUUGCCACCCCAGUCAAAAAAAAUCAAUAAAAAUAUUAGCCCCUGCUUGUUAGCACGUUUUCAAAAUACUUAACACCUCAGUAAAUGGAGCCACACAGAUGAAAUGGUUCUGUUAAUGGGGUAGGAGCCAUACAGUCAAAGACAGGGAUUUAACUCUCACCCAGGUAAACAUCAGACAAGCAACAUGGCCAUGUUGUUAGCUAGUAAAGUCAAUGUGGAUCGCCCGCUGCUGAUCCCUCUCCCCUCCCACUAUCAAUAUAAACCAACAAUAAUCCAUCCAAAUCAGCAUCAGCAAAGAGAGGGGAUUUUCUUGAAGCGGAUUAGAGUGAUAGUGUGCUCUAAAAAAUGAUGUAGCCUCUAUUUCUUCAGCAGAACAGGACAUUGAUUUUAAAGAGCUUCAUGUCUGUUAAUCAAGCUGUUAAUGUCUGCCAGGUGGAGAGUAAUACAAAAGAAGGGUUAGAACUAAAGACCUUCAAGGGUGUUAGCCAAAACUGAACUCCUGCUUACGCUUUCUCUAUAAUAUGUUUUUAAAAUUCUAAUUUGUUUUGUAAAAUUUUGCCUUUAUUGGAUAUACAGCCGAAGAGAGUGGGGGGGAAUUAAAACAAAGGGUUCCAGCUGGGAUUCAAACCAACAACCGCUGCAUUGGGGACAAUAGCUUUAAUAUAUGGGGCACUCAAACUGCUAGGCUUUUGGCUAUUAGACUUAGUUGGAAUAAUACCAUCUGAUAAGACUAAGCUGAUAUGCAGUCAAACACCUGUUCUCAGAAUGAACCCUAUUAAACAAAAACUGUUAAUUUUGUUAUUAAACGCUUGAAUUGCAGAAGCUCUUCUCAGUUUCCAAACUGAGAAAUUGACAAAGGAGACAGAUUUAGAAAAAAAAAAAAAGAAAGACCUUCCUCUCACACAGACAGCUUCACUUUCUCAAGUUGUUGUGGUUCACCUUUAAAAAUGAACAUUCAAGCUCAGUGCAGCUUUUGAAUGAAACUCCAAAAUAAGACAUUCAACUCUGGCGAAGGAAAACUAUCACCCAGACAGGACAGAAAGUUUUGUGUUGUGUGUCAGAUGUGACUGUGAAAAGCGGCACGACAGGCCUGACUGAGCUCUGCGCUGUGGGAAACCUUACAUAACAAGUGAAUCCAAGUUGAGACACAUGUUGGCUCUGGCUGCUGUCUGUGGUUAAUAUAAAUGUAGGCUGCAGAAUACAGGGGGAGCAGAGUCUCUGCGUAUGUCGGAAAAACAAAGUGGUAGUUAACUCCAGUUUUCACUGUGGAUGACGCUUUGAAUAUCAUGCAUGAAGUAUAUUUAGGUAUUUUGCUUUAUAACUGGUUCAUAAUGUUUAUUUUUUUGUUUGCAUAAAUGGACAUUAGGUUAUUCUGUCAACACUAUGGCUGGGCGAUAUGACCAAAAAUCAGUAUCACAAUAUAUUGAGCAGUUCACCUCGAUAACGAUAAAUGGACGCCAUCAUCCAUCUCCUCACCUGUCUUUCCCUCUUUGUUACGAACCCGAUGGGGUGGAGUCACGUCUCUGUCUUAAAACAGCGUCUUAAAUGGAAAUGAGAUACUAGCCUACCUACACACAUCUAAACCCAACUUUUAUUUAUUGAUUAUUUUGACACGGAAUAUACCGAUAUGGGCAAAAUGACAUUGGUUAUUGUCAUAAAUGUCAGUAUCUGUAAAUUUUCGGUUUAUCGCCCAGCUGUAGUCUCUCAUUCAUUAAAUGAAAUGUUUUAUUUUUGUAGUAAUCUGAUAAUUUUGAUUCACAAUUUUAUAAACAUGCCGCUAAUUGCACAUUUGGAUUCACUCUAAAAUGUUGAUUGUUUUCAGGAGGAUUUUCUGUCCGCCCUUUCGUUCGAAGCAUCCAGCGUCAGAGCUUGUCCUCCAGGUCAUCCAUCGCCAGCCCUUUGGCCUACAGCGACAGCGGGAUAAGACCCUCCUGGUCUCUGUCUGCGAAGCUGCAAAUGAGAUCCAACUCGCCCUCACGUUUCUCCCUGGACUCCCGCUGCUCCCCACCCCUGGAAAGGAUCGGAGAGGCCUGCGACGACAAAGUUUCCACGUCCUGUUUCGGCAGCUACAGCAGACAUGAACGCUACUUUGGUAGCAGGACGCCCCUGUCCAUGAUGGAGAGCAACUUCAGCGAGCAAGACAACAGUAAACGCUUCCUUGACAUGAUGUACUGCAGAGCGCCUACGCCAGUGGACAAGAAGGGCAGCAAAAAUGAGCCAACUGAAAACAACAACCAGAUCACAGCUAUAGACCAAAACAUUUUACCCACUCAAGCUACUCCCUCUAAAGACCAGAAACGCAAGAGCAGCAUCGGAGGAUUCACCUCGAAGGCUGAAAGCUCGACGAAGAGUUCCAGCAAAGCGGAGCAGGAGAAAGCCUCUAAAAAGCGUUUGUGCUCGACCCAUAAGACCUCCUGCUCCGAGACAUCUUUCGGAACACCUGUGAAAGGCAAAAAGGUUAGCAAUACUAAAGAGAAGAGCGUCAAUGCCAAGAAGAGUCCAUCUACGCCCAGUGGUACCCCCUCCAAAACAAAAGAGGCAGCUAAACCUCAAGAGGGGACGCCGCAACACAAGCAAUGUGUCCGCUCCACACCUCAGUCUUCGGCGUCCCCUUCUCCCACUUCAAAGAAGAACACCAGUGUAGCUGACAAAACCACCGCGAGCAGUCGGAAAAAGAUGGUGGAGAGGAGCUUCAGCAGAGAUUCUAUGCACACAAGCCCCCUGGUGGACAAUCUCAGGGGCUCGGUUGGUCGCUCCUCACUUUCUAGAAGUGGGGACAGCAACCGGACCGAGAGACGAUUCGUGAGGAGCUCCAGCAGCAGCUCCUCUGUCACCAGCCUGCGCUCCCCCAGCGUCUCCACCAGGGACUUACAGCGCAGCAGCAAAACCGAGGAAAAAGGCUUGUCUUUCUUCAAGAGCGCCCUCCGACAAAGGGAAAGCCGCCGGUCGGCUGAUUUGGGAAAAAGCUCCCUGCUUGCCAAAAAGGCCUCCGAGAGGACCAGCAAGCAGAACGGACAAGCCAAGGACUUGGGCAGCGAUAACGGCAAGACGGGGGACGGCGUGUCUUCGAAGACAUCUCCAGAGAUUCACGCGGGUGAGACAAAGUCGACGACGAAGGAGUCUUCCAAGCCCACCAGCUCUCUCAGCCGCACUCUGUUGAACGUUGGCAAAUCCAAGUCUUCCAUGUCCGAAGUAAGUCUCAAGUCUCCCACAAACGGGAAGAAGCCUCUCGAAAGGAUGGCGUCUUCCCAAAAGCUGUCAUCCAGCAUGCAAUCUCCUGCACGUACAACACAGAGGCCUCAAUGAUACAUCCAUACUCGUAACACCUAAUACUGAACAUGAUGCAGCUAUUUUCUUUGUGCCUAAGUUGCAGUGAGCACCACACGUAUUUGUAGAGAGACAUGUUUUCAGAUGAGUGUCUUGACACUGAGGGGUGAGCAUUGGCAGCCAGCCUGGAUAAAAGGAAGACCUGCCCAUCUUUAUCAUAUUUAGGAUCCUGCUAUGCUGCUAAGUCUGGCUUUCUAAGGAGGUCAGAUUGUUUCCAUUUACGCAUCACAAGUGCAAGGUGAUGACAUUUUGACACAUUUUGAUUAAUGAACAUUCACGUGCAUUCAGCUGUCUGUUUGACUGCUGACAGAGCUCCCUCUCUGAAUCUUGAAAUCCAAUUAUCUUUCCUCCAGACAAAGCCUUGUUACGUCUUUGUAUCGCUGCAAACAGGUAGCUUAGUUCGCUUGUAAAAUAUCCACGAUAAUGUAGCACCUAUAGAUGGCAUAUAGUCAAAGAAGAAAGCUGGCUGCUGGUGAAAGCAUUUGAACCUCAAGACCCGAAUUUAAAAAAGUGUCUCUGUACAAAUACUAAACCUGAGCUGAGAUGCUCCAAACGCACACACACACACACACAAGAAGAAGAGUUUCAUUCCGAAAUAACUUUGGCUAGUAAUCGUUUUUCAUCGACAGUCUUAAGUAAAAGCUACAAACUCUUUUUCAGUUUCUUUCUCCAGAGUCCCCACGCUUGGGUUAGUCGAGGUAAUAGAAGCGUUUUGAUUAAAGACAUGAAUACGUGUAGCGAUAAGCGAUUCUGUAAUUUUUUUUUUUUCGUGAGAGAAAAGAGUUUCCAGGCAUAAAAGUCGAACAAGAUGUGAUGUGAAUUUUUUUGCGUCUCUGAACACUAAUGGAAAUAACUACAGAGGCGAUAAAAGGACCGGGACCAAAACAGUGAGAGGAUCUAAGAUGAGAAAGAAUCAGACUCAUUGCUUCCAGUCUUUCUGAUCUGUUGAGCUUUAUUUUUCUUCAAAAAUAGUACUUUUUGCAUAGAAAUGUGUCUUGUCAAAUGCUUUUUGACGGGGGAAAUAUUUUUUUCUUGGGGUGAUGGCGACUUUUUGGAAUGAAACCCUUUAAAAUCAAAGAUUAUAAAUACAAAUAUAUAUAUAAAUGUGUCUGUACAGAUAUUGAUAAAAUCUAUCGUAUAAUUACUCCUCUUUUCCAUGAGCAAGAUAAAAUGAUCUUAAGCGCCUUUCAGUACUUUCAAUACUGUAUAUGGAAACAAGUUAUUGCCCUUGGCAACAUUGUAGUCUACUACUGUAUGCAUCACUGAGUAGGAAUGUGGUAUGGUUUGCACUUUGUAUAGAGAUAGUAGUUUUCUUUGACCCAGAUCAGUCCUAUAAAUGUAUACAUACACUAACACUAACUUAACAAUGUAAUGAUCUCGUUUUUACGGUGUUCCUGAUUUAAGACGUGUGAUUACGUGGUGUAAACAGGCCUUAGACUUGAAAUGGUAAAAGGGUACAUUCAUCUCAAUGUUUCAGGGGCCAAAAUAAAGGCUCCCUUUACUACACCUGGUGCUGUAACAGAUCGAUGCUUCUCAGUCAGCGAUUCUUAAACACAAUAUUUUCGACGCUGAUGUUCAGAACUGUGACCACACUCGUCAGUGAACCACAAACCUGUCGGCAGCGUUUCUCCUAACCCGAGGUACCUCACAGGAGAACACGAUACUUUUAACAUUUCUGUUCCUCCUCUUCACCAGACUGAGAGUCGAAUUUCAUCCAUGAGCCAUCUGAUUAAUCCUACAGCUUCAUUUAUAAAAGCCUUUUAGUGUCGUCCGAGUAUGAAUAUGAAUAUGUGGGCUGGAUCUUCUGCAUGGUGUAUUUGAGGCAGAGGCGGCCUCCCGCUGGUCUCGCUCUGAACAAUCAGCUCAAGCAACAACUGCAAUAUUCAUACAGUAGAAACCAGCAUAUCGUAAGUUAGGGUUUAGGGUUAUUGAAUGAAUGAAUGUGUUGCGCUCUUCAAAUCCAAGCAUUAGUAAGUUUUUAUCUCACACAUGAACAUUUCCUCUCCUUCAUAUUUCUCUGUAGCAUCUACAAGGUUUACAUCAGUUCUCAGAUGGUUUUAAAGGAAGAACCACACGCUUCAGAGUCACAUGUAUGUUAUUUCAGUGGCCUCGGUGGGGUCUGAACAAGUUUUCAGCCUUUCUUUUUCAAACUCUUCUUGCACCGCUUAUUAAAAGAAACUUUAAGGCAAACCGGUUCAGUCACAAGUUUUCCAGGAUAGCAAGAUUCAGAGCAAGUUGGCAAGUCACUGCACUGAUGGCAGUUUGAGUGAGUGUGUGCUGACUACACACACUUGCCGUGUUGAAGAAUAAUCUUAGUUAGGGAUACCGAAGCUGUUGCUGGAAACUAGCAAACAAAACAUACAAUCUAGGGCUGUAAUCAACCAAAGAAAAUGUUGGUCGACUAAAACCUUGAAAUUUUCGACCAAAAAUCAACAAAUAGGGUGGGGGUCAUGGCUCGGCGAGGUGAAAAUAUACAGAUAAGAAGCAUAAGAAGCUAUUGAACACAAAAGACUAAAAUAUAAAAUCACCGGACGUUGAUUAACAUGGACGCUCUUCAAUCUUCUCAUCCCCAGUCCGUCUCCAGUGGGUUGGACAAAUCCAAAAUUGGUGAAAACGAGGGGGGGGUUCAGAGGCAGGCUGUUACCUGUGAAACAGGUGCUUUGAAAACAGCUCCAUUAGCACUUGGUAUGUUCGUCCUUAUGAAAUUAGCCAUAUGCUGCGUUUGAGUUACCCCAGAAGUUCGAUAUCAGAGCUAAAAAUGACGUCACACCCAAGUUACCAGCGUUUCAGUUACAAGAUGGGAAAAAAGCA